AUGAGUUUCGCGUGCCUUGGGAAACAUGGCAUAGCACACCACAUUCGCAAUGACCGCAGAAGAAAGGAUGCAUUUCAUAGACGUGUCAGAUGUUUUCCCGUGUCACUGUAG